AAGGUUGCUUGCUAUGUACUCUUUGAUUACUUAUCGAAUACUCCUGUAUCCCCAUUGCAACGAGAAUUUGUCCUUACUGAUAAACCUCUAGCAAGUCAAGUAGGAUUCCAUGUAUCUGAGCAAGUAUGUCGAUAUUCGUUUCAAAGGCUAAACUAUAAAUCUGAACUUAUGACUGUCUUAAAGACAUUCAUUUUUCAGACCAUUUGUCUCAUCCAACUCACUUUCACUGGUGUGCCAACGGAUCGCUUGGAUGACGUGAAAAAGAAGUUCAUGGAUAAAGUAGUUAAGGAACAUUUGGAGGACAAGGCCUGGGAUAUGGAAAGAAUGGGCUUUCUCAUCGGACAGAAUAUCAAAAAUGAACUAAAAAAGAUGGAGAAACAUCCGGAUACCGAGCUGUUCGGUCACAUGAUCGGUCAUCAGCUUUACGACGAGAACGAAGAGAAUUUGAAAACCCGAGUGAAUGAAUUGGAGCUGGUCCGUCGGCUGCGGUCUGAGCCUGCCUCAUUUUGGUCGGGACUUGUGAAGAAAUACUUCACCAGUCCCCAUGUAGCCAUUAUUGGAGUUCCAAGCGAAAAGAUGGUGGAACAAGUAGCAAAGGAGGAAAAGGAACGUGUUGAACAACAGCGCUGUAAACUUGGCGAAGAUGGCAUUAGGAAAUGUGAAGAAAAAAUAUGUUGUGCUAUUAAAGAAAACACAGAAAGGAAACCAGAUGCUGAGUUACUGCAAGAGCUGAUUGUCAAAAAGUUAGAGUCCUUUAAUCGAUUCCCAGUGGAUGCGAAAUGCAAUGUGAAUGGUUCUCCACCAACGCAACCAAUAGCGAAAUUCCUGGAACAAUUCCCGUUCCCGACAACUGUGCAUAAUUGUCCGACAAAAUUUGUUGAGUUAUUCCUGCUGUUGGACUCGAGCGCUUUGACAGCGGAACAGCGAGCAUGGCUAUAUCUUUACAAUGAUUUGUUAUUUGAAUCACCAGCGAUGAUCAAUGGAGAGCUAAAAAGUGCUGAAGAAGUUGCGAAACUUUACACAAAGGAUUUGGUAGAUCACUCUAUCCAAGUUGGCAUCUCAGGCUUUUUCGACAAGUUAGUCGCCUUGCGAAUAGUCGUCGAUGCAGAGACCGGAUUCCCUAACAUAGCAAAAUGGGCUGAGAUUUUUACAAGUGGCGUAGUGUUCGACCCGCAAAGAGUGAAACAAUGUGCGAAAAAACUUGCAAGUGAUGCUCGAGAGAAGAAGAGAGAUGGUUGUAGUGUUGCUAGCACCGCUUUGGUUGCUAUGAUCAACCAACAGAACACUAAUGCCCAUAUGUAUGAUGAACUUGUGCUGGAGAAAUUCCAUGAGAAGAUUGCAAAGCACUGCGAGUCUCAUCCGGCAGAGGUUAUCAAAAAAUUGGACGAGGUUCGCUCCGCCUUAUUUUCCCAUGGCAUCAACGCACAUUUUCUUUGCAAUGUUGACCUCAUUGAUGAUAAGUUGUUUAAUCACCAGCAGUGGAGUUUUGUUGAGAAUAGCUUUGGAAAGGCAGAGAACUUCAUGGGAAAAGCAGGUGAGUCAGUGGACCCUGGAUUCGUCGGUAGACAGAAAGUGCUGGGAGUUGGAGGAUCUGAAUCAUCCUUCAUUUAUCAAACCUGCAUGAUGGAUUGUGAUUGGAUGAGUGAAGAAUUGGUGCCAACGAUGCUGUUCACGCAGUACUUGAGUCAAUGUGAAGGCCCCCUUUGGCGCGGCAUUCGAGGUGAUGGUCUAGCCUAUGGUGCCAAUAUAUAUGUGAGAGCAGAACGAAGAACGAUUACAUUGUCUCUAUAUAGGUGUGCACAACCGAUUGAAGCUUACGAGCGUUCAAAGAAAAUUGUGAAUGAUGUUUUGAAGAGCGGCACUAUAGUAGAGUCCGAGUUUGAGGCAGCGAAGAGGUCUUUAAUUUGUGAAUUGAUGGAACGGGAGGAGACGGUUAGCGGAGCUGGAAAGUUAUCAAUUAUCGGACAAAUUAGAGGCACCCCAUCUGACUAUAGAAAACAACUGUGUCAGCGUGUGUGGAACACAUCCAUGGAAGAUAUGGUCCGGUUGGGUGGCCCAAGAGUAGCGAUGUUGUUUGAGAAGUACGCCCGAGCGAUUACAGUACAUCCAUCAAAGAUAGCUGAGAUUAAGUCUUCAUUCUCGGGCAUUGAAGAAGCUGCUGUUUCUUCGCUGAACUUCGUCCCGCCACUUUUUUCAUAA